AUGGCAUCGGCCCUGAGAUCGCCGAUUCCGUCAAACAGGUUCCCGUCUCAUAAAUCCUUUCGCCUUUUUCAGAUUCGCGAAAUCGCUUUCAAUUCCGAUGACUUUAUAUUUGAAGCAGCCGAAGUUCCGAUAGAAUGGGAAGAACAUUAUGUAGGAACUGAAAUUGACCCUAGAACGCAGAGCUUCCUCACAUGGGAAAGUUUGGAAUCUGUGAGGAGAAAUGGGGUUGGCUUGAAAGGGCCGAUGGCCACCCCUAUUGGCUACAAAACUCGAUAUGAUAAUGUCAAUCUAAUUACGAUCCGUGAAAAUACUGAAGGCGAGUACAGUGGACUUGAACAUCAGGUUGUGAGAGGUGUAGUGGAAAGUCUCAAAAUCAUUACACGCCAAGCAAGCUUAAGGGUAGCUGAGUAUGCUUUCCAUUAUGCCAAGGCUCAUGGAAGAGAGAGGGUUUCUGCCAUACACAAAGCCAAUAUCAUGCAAAAGACUGAUGGUCUUUUCCUCAAGUGUUGUCGUGAAGUUGCUGAGAAAUAUCCUGAGAUAACUUAUGAGGAAGUUGUCAUUGACAAUUGCUGCAUGAUGCUUGUGAAGAAUCCUGCACUUUUCGAUGUACUGGUGAUGCCUAACCUUUAUGGUGAUAUUAUUAGCGAUCUUUGUGCUGGCUUGGUCGGGGGAUUGGGCUUAACACCAAGCUGCAACAUUGGUGAGGGAGGUAUUGCACUUGCAGAGGCAGUACAUGGUUCAGCACCUGAUAUUGCUGGAAAGAAUUUGGCAAAUCCAACUGCUUUACUGCUAAGUGGUGUUACAAUGUUGCGCCAUUUGAACCUCAAUGACAAAGCGGAACAGAUUCAAAACGCCAUCCUCCAAACAAUAGCAGAAGGGAAGCACCGUACUGCUGAUCUUGGUGGCAAGUCAAAGACAAGUGACUUCACAAAAGCAAUCAUGGAUCAUCUUUAA